CUCCAACGAAGAAGAAGAGCGCCUCUGUCUCCAGUCAGCAAGGAAAGGUGUCGUUUUCAAGACUGCAACAAACUGGUAGCUAUUUGAGGGAUCCAGGCAGAGAGAAAGGUGGAAGGAGACGGCUGGACUGACAAUGACCACUGAAGGGGAUCCCAGCCUCUCUGCCAAACUGCUGCAACUGGUGCUGCUGUCCACCUACUGGGGCAUGCAGAUCUGGUUUACCUGCAUAUCAAGCUUGGUGAUGGACAGCCACCUGAACAGACACACAUUUGGUUUGAUCCAGAGCAGACUGGUUCCGUUCUACCUUCACCUGGGCUCUCUCUGUGCCUUCCUCAACCUGACGCUGUUCGCCGUCUACCACCCUGCAGACCUGCUAGAUGACAGAGAGGCCUUCCAGAUUGGGGUAUACUUCCUGUGUGUGUCGGUAGCAGCGGUCAACGCCCAGUGGUUCGGUCAGAUGACAUCAGAGAUAAUGGAAGACAUGCAUCUAAUGGAGCAAGCACAAGGAUUGGGCCAGGACAUUGGUCUAUCUACCAAUAGGGAGGCUUACGCCAAGCUGUGUGAGACAGACGAAAUUAGGGGGUGGUGAGGUCAUCACUCUCCUGCAAGACUCAGCCUAUCCUGUGGGGCUGCCAUGGGGACCUCCAGGUGCGUCCUUGAUGUCAUCUCCUGAGAACGCUCCAACCUGUGUGUUGGCUUCAUAGAGGUAGAAAGGACUCUGUGCCUCAAUGGAUUCUGUGACAGCAUGGGUAGCGCCAUCUCAAUUUGAAAGUUGUCCAUUUUCUUUUGUGUUUAAUAAGAGUAUUGCUAAUAUUGGUGAUUUAGCGCCACCUGCAGUGCUGAACCAAAUCUUGACUCAUUUGUUGGCUACCAAAUUGAUACAAAUUUAUUUUACAAACCAUAGGCAACAAUUCACUGAACACUCCCCACUCAGUUGACUACUUUGAAAUGGUGGAAGCCAUUUUUUUUUCACUUUGACUUUUCUACAUUGUAGAAUAAUAGUUAAGACAAACUAUGAAAUAACACAUGGAAUCAUGUAGAAAUCAAAAGUGUUAAAUAAAUCAAAAUAUGAGAUUCUUGACAGCUUUGCAUUCUCUCAACCAGCUUCAUGAGGUAGUCACCUGGAAUACAUUUAAAUUAACAGGUGUGCCUUAAAAGUUCAUUUCUGGAAUUUCUUUUCUUCUUAAUGCAUUUGAACCAAAGUAGGGGUGGUAUACAGAAAAUAGUCCUAUUUGGUGCAAAUAAACAGCUCAAAUAAGCAAAGAGAAAAAAACGGUCAGUCAAUACGGAAAAUGUAUUCCAAGUGCAAAAACCAAGCGCUAUGAUAAAACUGGUUCUCAUGAGGACCACCACAGGAAAGGAAGACCCAGAGUUACCUCUGCUGCAGAGAAUACAUUUAUUAGAGUUACCAGCCUCAGAAAUUUCAGCCCAAAUAAAUGCUUCAGAAUUCAUGUAACAGACUGCAUGAAUCAGGCCUUCAUGGUCAAAUUUCUGCAAAGAAACCACUACUUAAGGACACCAAUAAGAAGACUUGCUUGGGCAAAGAAACACAAGCAAAGGACAUUAGACCAGUGGAAAUCUGCACUUUGGUCUGAUGAGUCCAAAUUUAAAGGUUUUUGGUUCCAACCGCUGUGCCUUUGAGAUGCAGAGUAGGUAAACGGAUGAUCUCCGCAUGUGUGGUUCCCACCGUGAAGCAUGGAGGAGGAGGUGUUAUGGUGUGGGGUUCCCACCGUGAAGCAUGGAGGAGGUGUGAUGGUGUGUGGUUCCCACCGUGAAGCAUGGAGGAGGUGUUAUGGUGUGGGGUUCCCACCGUGAAGCAUGGAGGAGGAGGUGUUAUGGUGUGUGGUUCCCACCGUGAAGCAUGGAGGAGGAGGUGUGAUGGUGUGUGGUUCCCACCGUGAAGCAUGGAGUUCCCACCGUGAAGCAUGGAGGAGGAGGUGUUAUGGUGUGUGGUUCCCACCGUGAAGCAUGGAGGAGGAGGUGUGAUGGUGUGUGGUUCCCACCGUGAAGCAUGGAGGAGGAGGUGUGAUGGUGUGUGGUUCCCACCGUGAAGCAUGGAGGAGGAGGUGUGAUGGUGCUUUGCUGGUGACACUGUCUGAUUUAUUUAGAAUUCAAGGCACACUUAACCAGCAUGGCUACCACAGCAUUCCGUAGCGAUACGCCAUCCCAUCGUGUUUGGUCUUAGUGGGACUAUCAUUUGUUUUUCAACAGGACAAUGACCCAACACACCUCCAGGUUGUGUAAGGGCUAUUUGACUAAGAAGGAGAGUGAUGCAUCAAAUGACCUAGCCUUCACAAUCACCCAACCUCAACCCAAUUGAAGGAAAAGCAGCAAACAAGCACUCAGCAUAUGUAGGAACAGCAUUCCAGGUGAAGCUGGUUGAGAGAAUGCCAAGCUGUCAUCAAGGCAAAGUGUGGCUACUUUGAAGAAUCUCAAAUAUAUUUAGAUUUGUUUAACACUUUUUUGGUUACAACAUGAUUCCAUAGAUGUCCACAAGUAUUUUACAAUGUAGAAAAUAAAAACCCUGGAAGCAGUAGGUAUCAACUUUUGACUGGUACUGUAUAUUUAUUUGGUGGUAGGAGUGGAUUUAUUUUAAUUUGGGGUGUUUUAAUCAAAUAUAUCUAAGCCCUUGAGCAAGACAUUUAACCCCUAAUAUGCAGGGUUUUUCUGGAUCAAAAAGGGUGGUGGUGGGUGUGGCUGAAUUUGAGCCCUCCCAUCUUGGCGGAGGUAGACAUUUUAUUUAAGCCAAUUUCUCCAUGGUGUUAGAAUACAUUUUGCAGUCUUAAAAGCAAAUGUCCUGCAAUUCAUUUACUAUGGCUAAUGCUGUGUUCUAACAAAUCAAUACCGCUUAAUUGCUUUUGAAUUGUAAAUUUCCCCGACUGUCAAGCUUUUUUGUGAUUGUUAGUUCCAUUAACUUUAUUUGGUUUUAGUAAUUUGUUUACAUAAAUCCAGUGUAAGUAAUAAAAUGUAUUUAACGUA